AUGCCUCGACACCCACCAGUCAGUGAACGUGCAUCAACCGCUAAGAAACCUUGUCUCUCGUCAGCUCAUCACAAGCGGCCUCCGCCUGAUCCCCGUCCAAAAUCCCCAAUUCGACCCGCUAGCCCUACCCAUACUAGCUUUCGUGCUCAGCUUGCACAUCUCCUGCCUCGUCAUGCUAUAUUUCUCUUGCGCCUUACAAUACAUCAGCUCAGUAGCGUCCCCUUCGUCAAUGGAGAAUUCGAAGUACGCUGGAAGUUCAAGGGGGUCACAUCUGGCGGUGGUCUAUUGGGCAAGGUGAAGAGCAAUCGCAAGGGCAGGGUAACCGCAAGUCCCACGUCAGCUAAAGGAAAAGAGAAGGAGAAGCUCAACGAAUGCGAAGUUGACCCACCCAACCCUGACGCUGAUGCUCAAAGCAUCACCAACUCAAACUCAUCCCACUCCCACUCACACGAUCUAUCCAUCCCCUCAGUCGUAGUAUCUUCAAACACACACGUAUCCCCUGCUUCAACUUCAGAUACGCGCACCACGCUUAGUUCAUCAUCUCGUUCACAACAUGUGCCACCACAAUAUCUUUCCGCCGAUUGGUUACCACAAUCUACCCCACCAGACCCAUCCCCUUCCCUUGCUAAAUCACUUCCAAAUGCGUAUGCCCCUGCCAAAGGUCACACUAUGUUCGAACAGCUCAAGGAACACAGUGUGGUCUGGGAACAUACUCUCGAUGUUAUGGUGCAGAUGGGUAUUACCAGGGAAACCAACCAGCUCGGAUGUUGUGAGGCAAAAUUUGUCGUCAUGCAGCGAGUUAUUCCGGGUGAUCCGGAUGCACCUCGAAAUCCUAGGCUUGGCACCGUCAGCUUAGAUCUCGCUCAAUACGUGGACGCUGGAGUCGUCACUCGCCGCUAUUUGCUUAGGCAGAGCAAGACUAAUGCUACACUCAAGCUCACCGUUCAAUUAGAACACAUCAGCGGCGAAUCAUCUUACAUCGCCCCACCUCUCCCUAAAGGAGAGAUUUUAAGCGGGGUAGCCGGUCUACUCGACAGCGACAUCUUUCGAACACGACCACGCACCCUCGACCUCUACGCACACGAAAACUCAUCCUCCUCCUCUGUAUCCACCAUCUCGACCCACUCUUCUGGAAAACACAGGCCCAAACGGAAAAAGAACCCGUUGGAUGCGAGCCAGCUCCCCAAUACUCGUGGUAUCCGGGGAACAGAAAAGCUCAUCGAAGCGCUGUUUAAUCCUGUACCUGUCACAUCUCCUGGGCAACUCACCCCCUUCACAUAUCUCCACGAGGUCUCGCUUGUCCACUCUAGAGAUCCCACCACAGAAGACGAGCACGUCCGAGUCGAUGUGGAGGGUGAGGAUGAAGCAAGACUCGCAGACGAAUCUCUAUAUUCGAAUUCGAAUUCCGUGGACUUGAGUCACCCUCUUCCAGCGCGUCUAGACUCGGAGAGCGAUUAUCAAAGUGUGUACUCGAAGUGGACUGGCUCAUUACGCGCGCCGUCUGUGAAAAGUAUGGCCGCAAGUCGAUCGGGGGUCAAUGAUGGAGUGGGAGUGAGCACUGCUGUGUCGAAUACGGCUAUUGUGGAGAAGCGAGUGUGGUGGCGGAAGGUGCUCCAUGCGGGAGUUGCAUCAUGA